GGAAUCGAAAGAACCGUAGUUGUUGCAACCAGCAAGAUUGGCUACAAUUUGUAACAACCGUGGAUGCUUUAACUGUGGCACUUCUGCAGCCUGGAACGAUUAAAAAAUGAUCUGACAUGUAGCGGGUUUAAUGACAAGUGGAUUGCACCUGAUGGCCGGAUGUAAUCUAUCUUUUGUGUGAUACAUUGUUUCCCCCAAAACGAUGAUGUGUGCUGCUGCUGCUGCUGCUGCUGCUGGUGGAGGGGGGAUUCUGCCCUCCUCCUCAUCGCCGUCGCUGGGGAUGGGUGUCAGGGUCAUUUCUGGAACCGGAGCCGAUCUUUGCACCUUCGGGUCGGGGAUGGGUUCUUGUCCGACACCCGGAGCCCAGUCGGACUGUCGGACUCGGUACCAGCUGUUACUCUCAGGUCGAGCCUUGGCCGAGCGAUACAGGCGGAUAUACACCACGGCUAUAAACGAUAAAGAGCAAGGGAUAAACCAAGGAAGGGGAAAGAAGGCUUUGAGUAAGAAGAAACUGAAACGGCGACAGAAGGUCAAGUCAAAAGUGAAAUCAAGAACAAAGUCUGAGAGUCUAGAUGGAGCCCUCUUCGUGCCGGACAUCAAGCUGCACAGCAACCCUUCUGCAUUCAAUGUCUACUGCAACGUGCGGCACUGUGUGCUGGACUGGCAGCAGAGAGAGGCCUCUCUGGCACUCGCCUCCAGGAGCUCGGUGCAGAGUGGAGACUCGGACAGCGAGGAGGAGGAAGAGUACCGCGAGCCAGCCGUGAAGCUGCCAAAGAUCAUUGGCAUUGGCCUUUGUGGGGUGUUUGAGCUGAUUAAAGAGACCCGGUUCUCUCACCCUUCACUGUGCCUGCGGAGCCUGCAGGCCUUGUUGGACAUGCUGCAGGGACAACAGCCUGAGGGCUUCCAGACUGAGCCCCCUGAUGUGCUAGAGUCUCUAUUCCAGUUGUUGUUGGAGACCACGGUUCGGAGCACGGGGCCCAACGACCCGACAGGACAGGCCAUCACCGCUCUGUCCUGCGCCUGCCUCUUCAGUCUGGUGGUGGCCUGGGGAGACACCGGCAAAAUCCUGCAGGCGGUCUCUGCCAUCCUCACCAACAACGGCAGCCAUGCCUGCCAGACGAUACAGGUGCCAACCAUCCUGAAUGCACUCCAGAGGAGCGUGCAGGCCGUCCUGGUUGGAAAGAUUCAAAUCCAGGACUGGUUUGGGAAUGGCAUCAAACGCGCAGCCCUGAUGAACAAGUGGGUCCUGAAAGAAGUGUCCAUUGAUGAUGAUGAGCGCUGUCUUCUGCAGACCGAUGGUUCCUUCCUGUAUCUGCUCUGCAAGGACGGACUCUACAAAGUGGGCUCGGGAUACAGCGGCACUGUCAGGGGCCACGUGUACAACUCCACGUCUCGCAUCAGGAACAGAAAGGAGAAGAGGUCAUGGCUGGGCUUCGCUCAGGGGUUUUUGUUGUAUCGGGACACAUGCAACCACACAAUGUCGGCCCUCAAGAUCAACCCGGAGACUCUGGAGCACGAGGGGACUGUCACCAUGCCAGGUCAACAUGCAGACGGACAGAACAUCAUCUUCACUGACGGAGAGUACAUCAACCAGAUCGCAGCCUGCAAAGAUGAUGGUUUCGUGGUGCGGAUCUACACCAUGAGCUCGGACCCGGCCCUGCAGCAGGAACUGCAGCUGAAGCUGGCAAGGAAAUGUCUGCACGCCUGCGGCAUCUCUCUCUUUGACCUCGAGAAGGAUCUGCACAUCAUCAGCACAGGCUUUGAUGAAGAGGCAGCAUUGCUUGGAGCGGGCAGGGAGUUUGCUCUGAUGAAAACUGCCUCGGGAAAGAUCUACUACACAGGAAAGUACCAGAGCCUGGGCAUAAAGCAGGGAGGCCCUUCUGCAGGGAAGUGGGUGGAAUUGCCCGUAACAAAGUCCCCCAAGAUUGCUCAGUUCUCAGUCGGCCAUGAUGGGUCUCAUGCACUGCUCGUGGCCGAAGACGGAAGUGUGUUCUUCACGGGCUCUGCCAGCAAGGGAGAGGAUGGAGAGUCCACUAAAAGUCGGAGACAGCCCAAGCCAUACAAGCCCAAGAAGAUGAUCAAAUUAGAGACAAAGACAGCGGUGUACACUGCAUGUAACAACGGAAGCAGCAGCAUCGUCACCAAGGAUGGAGAGCUGUACAUGUUUGGAAAAGAUGCAAUUUACAGCGACAGCACCUGCCAGGUGACAGACCUCAAAGGUCACUUUGUAACUCAGGUCGCUAUGGGUAAGGCCCAUACGUGCGUUCUGACCAAGAGCGGUGAAGUGUGGACGUUUGGAGUGAACAACAAGGGCCAGUGUGGCAGAGACACGGGAGCCAUGAGCCAGGCAGGGAAAGCCUUUGGUGUGGAGAGCAUGGCCACAGCCAUGGAUGAGGACCUGGAGGACGAGCUGGAGGAGAAAGAAGAGAAGAGCAUGAUGUGUCAGCCAGGCAUGCACAAGUGGAAGCUGGACCAGUGCAUGGUGUGCACAGUGUGUGGAGACUGCACAGGCUACGGAGCCAGCUGUGUCAGCAGUGGACGGCCAGACAGAGUGCCUGGAGGGAUCUGCGGCUGUGGCUCUGGAGAGUCCGGCUGUUCAGCGUGUGGCUGCUGCAAAGCGUGUGCCAGGGAGCUGGACGGUCAGGAAGCCAGACAGAGAGGCAUCUUCGACGCUGUGAAGGAGAUGAUUCCACUGGACCUGCUGCUAGGCGUGAACAUCGAGGAGCACAUUCAGAUCCGUCAGGAGGAGAAACGGCAGAGGAUCAACCGCCGGCACAGGCUGGAGGAGGGCAGAGGCCCCCUUCUUUUUCCUGGUCCCAUUUUUAUGAACCAGCGUGAGCAGGCCCUAGCCAGAAUAAGACCCCUUCAGGCACUAAGGCAUAAACGGGACAAGCACAAAGAUGGUAGCAGUGAGCGUGGCGAGAAGGAUGCCAGCAAGAUCACCACCUACCCUCCAGGGGCCGUGAGAUUUGACUGUGAGAUGAGAGCUGUGCAGGUCAGCUGCGGAUUUCACCACUCAGUGGUGCUCAUGGAGAAUGGAGAUGUCUACACAUUUGGUUAUGGCCAACAUGGGCAGCUGGGACAUGGAGAUGUCAACUCCAGGGGUUCUCCAACUCUGGUGCAGGCCCUGCCGGGUCCCAGUGUCCAGGUGACGGCAGGCAGCAACCACACAGCUGUUCUCCUCAUGGAUGGGCAGGUCUUCACAUUUGGAAGCUUCUCGAAAGGGCAGCUGGGCCGGCCCAUCCUAGACAUGCCCUACUGGAAUGCCAAGCCGUCUCCCAUGCCCAACAUCGGUGCCAAAUAUGGACGGAAGGCGACCUGGAUCGGCGCCAGCGGGGACCAGACAUUCCUACGUAUCGAUGAGGCUCUUAUCAACUCCCAUGUCCUCGCUACAUCAGAGAUCUUUGCCAGCAAACACAUCAUUGGCCUCGUGCCCUCCUCUGUGUCUGAGCCGCCUCCAUUUAAAUGCUUGCUUAUCAACAAAAUGGACGGAAGCUGCAGAACCUUCAAUGACUCGGAGCAGGAGGACCUGCAGGGAUUUGGCCUGUGUUUGGACCCUGUGUAUGAUGUCAUAUGGAGGUUCCUUCCAGCCUCAAGAGAGAUGCUGUGCUACAACUCGGUGAUAGCUGAUGCCAGGAUGCCCUCUGCUACAGACCUCCAGGCCCGCUGUAGCAUCCUCAGCCCAGAGCUGGCGUUACCGUCAGGAUCCCACGCCACCACUACUCGCUCUCACGGAGCCCUACACAUCCUCGGUUGCCUGGAUACACUGGCAGCCAUGCAAGAGCUAAAGAUGGGUGUAGCCAGCGCAGAGGAAGAAACCCAGGCGGUGAUGAAGGUCUACUCUAAAGAGGACUACAGUGUGGUGAACCGCUUUGAGAGUCACGGUGGUGGUUGGGGUUACUCAGCCCACUCUGUGGAGGCCAUCCGCUUCUGUGCUGAUGCAGACAUCCUGCUGGGUGGGCUGGGCCUGUUCGGGGGAAGAGGGGAGUACACUGCAAAGAUCAAGCUUUUUGAGCUGGGACCUGACGGGGGUGACCACGAGACUGACGGUGAUCUGCUGGCUGAGACAGAUGUGCUAGCCUAUGACUGUGCUGCCAGGGAGAAAUAUGCAAUGAUGUUUGAUGAGCCGGUGCUGCUGCAGCUGGGCUGGUGGUAUGUGGCGUGGGCUCGAGUGUCUGGUCCCAGCAGUGACUGUGGCUCCCAUGGACAGGCUACCAUUACUACUGAUGAUGGUGUGGUAUUUCAGUUCAAAAGCUCCAAGAAGUCAAACAACGGCACAGAUGUUAAUGCGGGUCAGAUACCUCAGCUACUUUACAGGCUUCCUUCAAAUGAUGGCAAUGCAUCCAAAGGGAAACAGCAGACCAGUGAACCAGUCCACAUCCUGAAACGCUCAUUCGCUCGCACAGUCUCAGUGGAGUGUUUCGAGUCCCUUCUGAGUAUCCUCCACUGGAGCUGGACCACCUUGGUUUUGGGUGUGGAGGAGCUGCGAGGGCUUAAGGGCUUCCAGUACACCGCCACCCUGCUGGACCUGGAGAGGCUGCGCUUUGUUGGCACCUGCUGCCUCCGCCUGCUCAGGGUCUACAUCUGUGAGAUCUUCCCCAUUGCUGCCAGCACCAAAGCUGUGGUGGAGGAGUCGAGCAAGCUGGCAGAAUGCGUGGGUAAGACUCGCAGCCUGCUGAAGAAGAUCCUGUCAGAAGGCAUGGACAACUGCCUGACCAAGCUGGACAACGACCCUCAGGGCUACUUGUCGCAGCCUUUGACCCUGCUGGAGGCUGUGCUGCAGGAGUGCCACAACACCUUCACCGCCUGCUUCCACUCUUUCUACCCCACCCCAUCUCUGCAGUGGGCCUGCCUCUGUGACCUGCUCAACUGCCUGGACCAGGACAUUGCCGAGGCCAACUUCCGCACAUCCAGCAGCCGUCUGCUGGCGGCUGUGAUGUCGGCUUUGUGCAACACGUCCGUAAAACUGACCUCCAUCCUGCCCAUUGCAUAUGACGGGGAAGUGCUGCUGCGUUCACUGGUCAAACAAGUCAGCACAGAGAAUGACUCGGCGCUUGCUCACCGCUUCCCCCUGCUGGUGGCCCAUAUGGAGAAACUAAGCCAUACCGAGGAGAACUUGAUGGGCAUGACCAGUUUCCGGGAGGUGCUGGAGAAGAUGCUGGUGAUCGUGGUGCUGCCUGUGAGGAAGAGUUUGAGGAAAGAGGUGGAGCUGUUCUCUCCACACCUGGUCUCCAACACCUGUGGUCUGCUGGCCUCCAUCGUCUCUGAGCUCACUGCCUCGGCCCUGGGCUCUGAGGUUGAUGGGCUGAACUCGCUCCACUCUGUGAAAGCAUCUCCAAACCGUUUCACCAAAACAAGCCAGGGCCGCAGUUGGAACACAGGCAAUGGCUCCCCGGAUGCCAUCUGUAUGACGGUGGACAAGCCGGGCGUUGUGCUGGUCGGCGUCUGCGUGUACGGAGGAGGGGGCAUCCACGAGUAUGAACUAGAGGUGCUGGCUGAUGAUGCGCAGACAGAGCACCCAGGGGACUCGGCACAUUCUCACAGAUGGACAUCCUUAGAGCUGGUGAAGGGCACCUACAGCACGGAUGACACUCCCACUGACAUUGCAGAGAUACGCAUGGACAAAGCUGUGCCACUCAAGGAGGGGGUAAAGUAUGCUGUCAGGCUGCGAAACUACGGCAGCCGGACAGCUAACGGAGAUGGAGGCAUGACCACGGUGCAGUGCUCUGAUGGCGUGUCCUUCACAUUCAGCACCUGCAGUCUGAGUAGCAACGGGACCAACCAGACCAGAGGACAAAUCCCUCAGAUUCUCUACUACAGGAGUGAGUAUGACGGGGAUCUCCAGUCUCAGCUGCUGAGCAAAGCCAACGAGGAGGACAAGAACUGUAGCAGAGCUCUGUCUGUGGUCAGUGCUGUGGUCAGAGCUGCUAAGGACCUGCUCCACAGAGCUUUUGCUGUUGAUGUGGAUGAUAUACCUGAGCUGCUAAGUUCCUCCAGUCUGUUCUCCAUGCUCCUGCCCCUCAUCCUGGCCUACAUCGGCCCUGUAGCUGCUUCUGUGCCCAAGGCUGCUGUUGAGGUCUUUGGUCUCGUUCAGGAGCUGUUACCCGCUGUCUCUGCCCUCAACCAAAAAUAUGCCCCUCCCACCUUCAACCCCAACCAGUCAACAGACAGCACGACCGGCAACCAGCCUGAGCAGGGCCUGUCAGCGUGCACCACCUCCAACCACUACUCGGUCAUAGAGAGUGACCACCCUUACAAACAAGCCGGCGUCACUCAAUACAGGGUAAUGUUUCCCGACUGUGUUCGCUGGACCACCAUUGAAUUUGAUCUUCAGUGUGGGACUGCACAGCCAGAAGACGUCCUUCGCCUGCUCAUCCCCAGCCGGAUCCUCCACCUGUCAAGCCUGGGGGGUAAACCUUUGAUCCAUGACACCAUCAACACUUGGACUGAGCUCAAGAAGUUCUCCGGCUCCACAGGCUGGCCAACAACCGUCCUAGUUCUGCCAGGAAAUGAAGUUCUGUUCUCGCUGGAAACGGCCUCAGACUACGUCAAAGAUGAGAAAGCUUGCUUUUAUGGCUUCAAGUGUGUGGCGGUUGGAUAUGAAUUCAACCCUGGUCCUGAUGAGGGAACCAUCCUGCUUGAGAAAGAGUUGGCCUACCUGGGCAGUGUGUGUGCUGCAGCUCUGAUGAAGAAAGAUCUGGCCCUUCCUAUAGGCAAUGAAUUGGAGGAGGAUCUGGAGAUUCUCGAGGAAGCCUCUCUUCAGGUGUGUAAGUCCCACUCAGGGAUCCUGGGGAAGGGUCUGGCCUUGUCUCACUCCCCAACCAUCCUGGAAGCCCUAGAGGGGAAUCUCCCCCUGCACCUCCAAACCAACGAGCACUCUUUCCUUGAGGACUUCAUCACCUGUGUACAGAACUCCAGCGGAGGACGUCUGGCUAGGUGGCUGCAGCCAGACUCCUACGCAGACCCCCAGAAGACAUCUCUGAUCCUGAACAAAGAUGACAUACGCUGUGGAUGGCCAGCAACUGUAGUCGUACAGACCAAAGACCAGUAUGGGGAUGUGGUGCAUGUCCCCAACAUGAAGGUGGAGGUAAAGGCUGUGCCUGUCUCGCAGAAGAAGUCGAUGCAGCCUGACAAUAUGAAGAAGCUGCAGCGUUUACCUGGAAGCUCCUCUCCCUCGUCCUCUGGCCCUGACCUGACUUUUGGAGGUCUGCCCAUGCCCAAGCUGGAGGCCACGUACGAGCCCAUGAUCGUGAAAGAGGCUCGAUACAUUGCGAUCACCAUGAUGAAGGCAUAUGAAAACUACUCAUUUGAAGAGCUGCGCUUUGCCUCCCCAACACCAAAGAGACCCAGUGAGAACAUGCUGAUUCGUGCCAACACUGAUGGGACCUACAGCGCGAACUGGACUCCGGGAGCUGUAGGCCUCUAUACAAUCCAUGUCACCAUAGAUGGCAUUGAAAUAGAUGCUGGCUUAGAGGUUGAAGUCAAAGAUCCUCCCAAAGGCAUGAUCCCACCUGGCACUCAGAUGGUUAAACCAAAGGCUGAACCUCAGCCCAGCAAGGUCCGCAAAUUUGUGUCCAAGGACAGCGCAGGCCUGCGUGUGCGUAGUCACCCCUCGCUGCAGAGUGAACAGAUAGGCAUAGUGCAUGUCAAUGGCACCAUCACUUUCAUUGACGAGAUCCACAAUGAUGAUGGUGUAUGGCUCAGGCUCAAUGAUGAAACAGUAAAGAAGUAUGUUCCCAGCAUGAAUGGGUACACUGAAGCCUGGUGCCUCUCUUUUAACCAGCACCUGGGCAGGAGCCUACUGGUCCCAGCCGACGUGGUCAACUCAGAGGGGACGUGGGUGCAGCUGGAUAAGAACAGUGUAGUAGAGUUCUGUGAGAGCGAUGAGGGCGAGGCCUGGUCUUUGGCCAGGGACCGCGGAGGGACUCAGUAUCUACGUCAUGAUGACGAACAAGUACUUGUUGAACACGGGGCUCAGACCCCACCGCCCAGCCCCUUCUCUGUGCAGGCCUUCAACAGGGCCGCAACUGCGAACGGUGCACAGGGCUUCGACUACGGCAUCUCCAACAACAAAGGCGAGCGAGGGAACCUGAUGUCCGGAGCGCGGCCCAUGUCUCCAGCCUCCAAACACCGACAGGAGAACCGCUCGCCCAAACAGGAAGGGCGGGGAAGCCGCUCAUCGGAGCAGAGCAGGACUAAGACGGGGGAAGGUGGACUCUCAGCGAGCGAAGCCCUCAUCCUUCGCUCAGACACGGGCAAGCUGAGGUCGGACUCUCACAGCCGCUCCCACUCGCCCAAUCACAACACCCUGCAGGCCCUAAAGGCUGACGGGAGAAACUCUGGACUACGCGCCGAGUCUCCAAACCCUGGCUCUCGCUCCUCCUCCCCCAAACAGAAGAGCGUUUCCUCCUCAGGCAGGUCUAGUCCCUCCAGCACCUCCUCCCAGAACUCCUCCUCAACCCACCAUGACAAGAACACCCCACCUAAAGUCAGCCCUUCCAAAGCACGGCUGGACCCUCCCCGGGAGAGGUCCAAAUCAGAUUCAUACACUCUUGAUCCAGACACACUAAGAAAGAAGAAGGUUCCGCUUACAGAGCCGCUUCGGGGCAGAUCUACCUCUCCCAAACCCAAACUCUCUCCUAAAGAUCCAAACAAAGGAAUGCAUAAUAAUGCAGAGAAUCGGGUUCCUUCCCCCCAUGUGACCCAAGAAAACCUUCAUAGCGAGGUGGUGGAGGUGUGCUGCUCUAGUGCUCUCCUCUCAAACGACGAGGGCAACGAUGAGAACUUGGAGGCCCAAAAUAACGAAGAGGGAUCAUGCAAGGUGCACUUUAGCAUCGGCAAAGCCCCCGUCAAAGAGGAGCUGGAGAGUCGCUCGUCGCCCAAGGUCAGCCGCAAAGCCUCCAGCCGACACACGCGGCCCAAAAAGGACAAAUCGGGGCCUCUGUUUAAAGGGGAGAGCACAUCGAGGGUCACAGAACCCGCCAAACAGGCCAUGUCUCCCUCUGUGGCCGAAUGUGCACGAGCUGUCUUUGCAGCUUUCCUGUGGCAUGAAGGUAUCGUCCACGACGCAAUGGCCUGCUCGUCCUUCCUCAAGUUCAACCCAGACUUAACCAAAGAGCACGCCCCCAUCCGCAGCUCCCUGGGAGGACAGGGCGCCGAGGAGAAGGAGAGCAAGUUGAAGAACCGCCACUCCUUAGAGAUUUCCUCGGCGCUCAACAUGUUCAACAUUGCGCCGCACGGGCCCGACAUCUCCAAAAUGGGAAGCAUCAACAAGAACAAGGUGCUCUCCAUGCUGAAGGAGCCUCCGUUGCCGGAGAAGUGCGAGGACGGGAAAGGAGAGGCCGCUUCCUACGAGAUGACCUCUCAUCCGUCCAUGAGGGCGAAGUCCAUCCUGCCGUUGACGCUGCAGCAUCUGGUGGCGUUCUGGGAGGACAUCUCCAUGGCCACGAUAAAGGCGGCCACUCAGAACAUGAUCUUCCCCAGCCCGGGCUCCAGCGCCAUCCUGAAAAAGAAGGAGCACGAGAAAGACGGCAAGAAGUCGAAGAAGGAGAAGAAGAAACGGGAGAAGGCGGAGGUGCGUCCGAGGGGGAAUCUGUUCGGAGAGAUGGCACAGCUGGCCAUGGGUGGACCCGAAAAAGACACUAUCUGUGAGCUGUGUGGGGAGUCUCAUCCUUACCCUGUCACCUACCACAUGAGACAGGCUCACCCAGGUUGCGGUCGCUACGCUGGAGGCCAGGGCUACAACAGCAUCGGACACUUCUGUGGCGGCUGGGCAGGGAACUGUGGAGACGGAGGCAUCGGGGGCAGCACCUGGUACCUCGUGUGUGAUCGCUGUCGGGAGAAAUACCUGAGAGAGAAACAGACUGCAGCGAGGGAAAAGGUGAAGCAGUCCAGGAAGAAACCUCUGCAGGUGAAGACUCCAAGAGCUCUGCCCACCAUGGAGGCUCACCAGGUGAUCCGGGCAAACGCUUUGUUCCUGCUCUCCCUCAGCAGUGCUGCUGAGCCCAGCAUGCUGUGUCACCAUCCACCCCGGCCGCUUCACUCCCAGCUGCUCCCCAGCCUCAAGGAGGGCGUGUCAGACGAAAUCCCGAACAAAAUGGGCUGUCUGUACCUUCAGACCCUCGCAAGGCAACACACCGAGAACUUUGGGGCCUACCAGGAUGAUAACCUCUUCCAGGACGAGAUGAGGUAUUUGCGAUCGACGUCCGUUCCCGCGCCUUAUAUUUCAGUCACCCCUGACGCCUGUCCAAAUGUGUUUGAGGAACCAGAGAGCAACAUGAAAUCAAUGCCCCCUAGUCUGGAGACCAGCCCCAUCACAGACAGCGACACGGCCAAACGAACAGUGUUCCAGAGGUCUUACUCGGUCGUAGCAUCGGAGUACGACAAGCAACACUCGCCUUCACCAGCUCGGGUGAAAGCCGUGCCCAGACGCAGGGUGCACAGUGGAGAUGCAGAGGUGGGAUCUUCGCUGCUACGGCACCCGUCUCCUGAGCUCUCCAGGCUGAUCUCGGCUCACGGCUCCCUCAGUAAAGGGGAGAGGAACUUCCAGUGGCCCGUCCUCGCCUUUGUCAUCCAGCAUCACGACCUGGAGGGCCUGGAGGUGGCCAUGAGGCAUGCACUGAGAAAGUCUGCCUGCAGGGUGUUUGCCAUGGAGGCUUUCAACUGGCUGCUGUGCAAUGUGAUUCAGACCACCUCCCUGCACGACAUCCUCUGGCAUUUUGUAGCAUCUCUCACCCCAUCACCGUUUGAACCCGAGGAUGAGGAGGACGAUGAGAACAAAGGGAACAAGGAAGUUGUUGAACAGGAAAGAGACCUCGGCGUGUGUGAACAUCCUCUGUCAGACAUUGUUAUUGCCGGGGAGGCAGCUCAUCCUCUCCCCCACACCUUCCACCGCCUCCUCCAGACCAUCUCUGACCUCAUGAUGUCACUUCCCAGCGGGAGUUCACUUCAACAGAUGGCACUUAGGUGCUGGAGUCUCAAGUUCAAGCAGUCCGACCACCAGUUCCUUCACCAGAGCAACGUUUUCCAUCACAUCAAUAACAUCUUGUCCAAGUCGGAUGACGGAGACAGCGAGGAGAGCUUCAACAUCAGUGUGCAGUCAGGCUAUGAAGCAAUGAGUCAGGAUCUGUGCCUGGUGACCUGUCUGAAGGAUCUGACCAGCGUAGUCGACAUCAAGACGUCCAGCCGUCCUGCGAUGAUUGGCAGCCUCACAGACGGCUCCACUGAGACCUUCUGGGAAUCUGGAGAUGAGGACAAGAACAAAACCAAAAGCAUCACCAUCAGCUGUGUGAAGGGAAUAAACGCCUCCAAUGUGUCUGUGCAUGUGGACAACUCCAGAGACAUCGGGAACAAAGUCACAUCAGUGACAUUUCUGUGUGGAAAAGCAGUCGAGGACCUCUGCAGAAUCAAACAGGUCGACCUCGACUCGCGUCACAUGGGCUGGGUGACGAGUGAGCUCCCUGGUGGGGAUCAUCAUGUGAUCAAGGUGGAACUGAAGGGCCCCGAGAACACCCUGAUGCGCCAGGUUAAGGUCCUCGGCUGGAAAGAGGGCGAGAGCAUCAAGAUUCUUGGACAGAUCUCAGCCAGCAUGGCCCAGCAGAAGAACUGUGAGGCGGAGACUCUCAGAGUGUUUCGCCUCAUCACAUCACAGGUCUUUGGUAAACUUAUCUGUGGAGAUGCUGAGCCAACUCCUGAGCAGGAGGAGAAAAAUCUGUUGUCAUCACCCGAGGGAGAAGAUAAGGCACCAUCUGAUGCAGACCUCAAAGAACACAUGGUGGGAAUCAUUUUCAGCAGGAGCAAACUGACCAACCUGCAGAAACAGGUGUGCGCGCACAUAGUCCAGGCCAUCCGCAUGGAGGCCACGCGUGUGAGGGAGGAGUGGGAACACGCCAUCUCCAGCAAAGAGAACGCCAACUCGCAGCCCAGCGACGACGACGCCUCCUCGGACGCUUACUGCUUCGAGCUCCUGUCCAUGGUGCUCGCUCUGAGCGGCUCCAACGUGGGCCGCCAGUAUCUCGCUCAGCAGCUGACGCUUAUGCAAGACCUGUUUUCUCUGCUGCACACGGCUUCCCCGAGAGUACAGAGACAGGUCACAUCAUUGCUCAGACGUGUCCUUCCAGAGGUCACACCGGUCCGACUUGCCAGCAUCAUCGGGGUGAAGGCGCUUCCACCGGCAGACAUCAGUGACAUCAUCCACUCCACGGAAAAGGGUGACUGGAACAAGCUCUGCAUCCUUGACAUGUUCCUGGGCUGCAUCGCCAAAGCACUCACCGUGCAGCUCAAAGCCAAAGGCACCACCAUCUCUGGCACGGCCGGCAUGGCUGCGGGAAAAGGGGUCACUACCGUCACCCUGCCUAUGAUCUUCAACUCCAGCUACAUUCGCAGAGGUGAGAGCCACUGGUGGAUGAAGGGGUCGACUCCUCCUCAGAUAGCAGAGAUCAUCAUAAAGCUGGUUAAAGACAUGGCAGCUGGACACCUUUCGGAUGCUUGGUCCAGAGUCACCAAAAAUGCAAUAGCUGAGACCAUCAUAGCGCUGACCAAAAUGGAGGAGGAGCAUCGGUCGCCUGUACGCUGUAUCGCCACAACAAGGCUGUGGCUGGCUUUAGCUUCACUGUGCGUGCUGGAUCAGGACCACGUGGACAGGUUGUCAUCUGGACGCUGGAUGGGCAAAGAUGGGCAGCAGAAGCAGAUGCCCAUGUGUGACAACCACGAUGACGGGGAGACGGCAGCCAUCAUCCUGUGUAACAUGUGCGGCAACCUCUGCACCGACUGCGACCGCUUCCUCCACCUGCACCGCCGCACACGCUCCCACCAGAGACAGGUGUUUAAGGAGGAAGAGGAGGCCAUAAAGGUAGAUCUCCAUGAAGGCUGCGGGAGGACAAAACUUUUCUGGCUCAUGGCUCUGGCAGACUCCAAGACUAUGAAGGCCAUGGUGGAGUUCAGGGAGCACACAGGUAAACCAGCCUCCAGCAGCUCAGACGCCUGCAGGUUCUGUGGUACCAGAAAUGGAACUGAGCUGUCUGCGGUAGGCAGCGUCUGCUCAGACCCAGACUGUCAGGAGUAUGCUAAACUGGCGUGCAGUAAAACUCAUCCCUGUGGACACCCCUGUGGAGGAGUGAAGAACGAGGAGUCCUGCCUCCCAUGUCUGCACGGCUGCGACAAAAACACUGGCUGUCUGAAACAGGACGCAGAUGACAUGUGUAUGAUCUGCUUCACCGAGGCUCUCUCCGCUGCUCCUGCAGUUCAGCUGGACUGCACUCACGUGUUCCAUCUUCAGUGUACUCGUCGUGUUCUUGAGAACCGCUGGCUCGGGCCCAGAAUCACAUUUGGGUUCAUGUUGUGUCCCAUUUGCAAGAACAAAAUCAAUCACUCGGUGAUAAAGGACCUGCUGGACCCCAUCAAGGAGCUGUAUGAGGAUGUGAGGAGGAAGGCUCUGAUGAGGCUGGAGUAUGAGGGUCUGCACAAGAGCGAGGCAAUAACUACUCCAGGAGCUCGUUUCCAUAACGACCCUGCAGGCUUUGCCAUGAACAGAUAUGCAUACUAUGUCUGCUUCAAGUGCAAGAAGGCGUAUUUCGGGGGGGAGGCUCGCUGCGAUGCGGAGGCUGGACAGGGAGAUGACUACGACCCCAGUGAGCUGAUCUGUGGAGCGUGCUCAGACGUCUCCAGGGCUCAGAUGUGCUCAAAGCAUGGCACAGACUUCCUGGAGUAUAAAUGCCGGUACUGCUGUUCUGUGGCUGUUUUCUUCUGCUUUGGCACCACACACUUCUGCAACGCCUGCCACGAUGAUUUUCAGAGGAUGACCAGCGUCCCGAAGGAGGAGCUGCCCCAUUGUCCUGCAGGGCCCAAAGGCAAGCAGCUGGAGGGAACCGAGUGCCCUUUGCAUGUGGUUCACCCACCAACAGGGGAGGAGUUUGCCCUGGGCUGUGGGGUGUGCAGAAACGCCCACACCUUCUAAACAAAAAGACAAAGACUUAAACUGAAAACCAGUUCGUCUACUGUGAUUUCUGGCUGAUGCUGAAGCUCAGCGGUGAAAGCUUGGCUCUUGCAUUCGUCAAGUCUCCUGGACACUGGACCAGGUUUCUGCUCUCACGUCAAGAGUCCUCAGGUCUGCUCUUCUACCAACAUCAGUAUCCGGGCUCAGCUACGAACACGAGCUGUGGCUCCUUUUGGAUGCAGAGUAACCUGAAUUUAAAAAAAAAAAAAAGAAACAAUAGAAAUUUAAAAAAAGAAGAAAAAAGAAAACUUGUGACGUGUUUGCAUGCGGCCGUUGUAUUCCCUCGGCUUCUAUAGACGUUGCACACCUCCUGAUCACUGACGUGUAACAUUGAAUAUGAAAUGAAUUUGCUUUAAGGCAACCGUGGCUCAGAGAGGGUUUAAAAAAAUAAGGAACAGGCCGUAUUUCCAGCUUCCUAACUAUACAUUUAAAAUAUUGUUGUAUGUAAACUUUUUCGUAAUCUUGUACAGUAUUCUCCACUGUCAAGUGCAUCAUGGGUUGACGGACAAAAAAAAAGAUACGUCGGUGGAUAAGACUGUUAAGAAUAUUAUGAUUGGGAGGAAAAUAGUGUACGAUUUAUCUAAUCCUGUAUAUAAUGAUACUAUUCAAAAAUAGCUGUAUUCCGAAGUUGCUACUCUUCACUUCAGUUUUGUUUGAUAUUCUGGGUUAUGUUUUGAGCCAGAACUUUUAAUGAAGUGCAAUACUGGGUGUGCCUCCUAUUUUGCAGCUGUUUAACCUAUGGAAUGUAUGUCAAUAAAGCCACUGUACAUUUUUAUACAGUAGACAGUCGUGAUUCCCCCUCUUCUAAAUGUCAGAUUUUUUUUUUCUGUUGUCUGGAAAUGAGAAGGAGGAGCCUGGCCUGCAGUGAAUGAAGGUGGAUGUAAAUUCUAUUAGCAGCUCUGUCAAAAUAGUACCAAAAUCUACAGUAAUACAAAAACAAACAGAAGACCUCACAGUGAGACUGAUUACAGCUGAAUGAUUGGAGGGGGGCCAGUCUUCACACCAAAUAAAAUUUGUGCACCUGUAAUGCUUUUCCCUUGUAGGAGGCCGGGGGGGGAAGGGGUGUCAGAAAAACAGAGUGAUGGAAAAAAAGCAGCUGCUGUUAUAUAAAAAGCUUAAUACUUGUGAAUCUGCUCUGUAAUAUCUGUGGUGGAUGGAGUUGAAUGGUAAUAAACCAGGUUCUCUGUUUCGCAAAGUA